UUGGUGGUGGAGGUGGUGGAAGGGAAGCGAAGGAAAAGAGAAUUCCAAACCAAAACAGAAAAGCGUGUUUCCAUGUUCGGUAUUCAGGAAAACAUACAGCGAAGCGGAGGCAACAUGAAGGAAGAACCUCUGGGAAGCGGCAUGAACACUGUCCGCUCUUGGAUGCAGGGAACCGGUAUUAUGGAUGCAACCUCGGCCGCUCAGAGUGGCGUUGGUCUGGCCCGGGCUCACUUCGAGAAGCAGCCGCCCUCCAACUUGCGGAAAUCCAACUUCUUCCACUUUGUGCUGGCCCUGUACGACCGUCAAGGCCAGCCGGUGGAGAUUGAGCGGACAGCGUUUGUGGGUUUCGUGGAGAAAGAUAAAGAAAUCGGUGGUGAAAAGACCAAUAACGGGAUUCACUACAGAUUACAGCUUCUCUACAGCAAUGGGAUAAGGACCGAGCAGGACUUGUACGUACGCCUCAUCGACUCGAUGACAAAGCAGGCUAUCGUGUACGAGGGACAGGAUAAGAAUCCAGAGAUGUGUCGGGUACUUCUCACGCAUGAGAUCAUGUGCAGUCGCUGCUGUGACAAGAAAAGUUGUGGUAACAGGAAUGAGACGCCCUCGGAUCCAGUGAUAAUUGACAGGUUCUUCUUGAAAUUCUUUCUGAAAUGCAAUCAGAACUGCCUGAAGAAUGCAGGAAACCCAAGGGACAUGCGAAGGUUCCAGGUGGUCGUCUCGACAACGGUGAACGUGGAUGGCCAUGUGCUGGCCAUUUCCGACAACAUGUUCGUCCACAACAACUCCAAACACGGUCGGAGGGCUCGAAGGCUCGAUCCCUCUGAAGGUACGCCCUCUUAUCUGGAACAUGCCACCCCUUGCAUCAAAGCCAUCAGUCCCAGUGAGGGCUGGACUACUGGAGGAGCCACUGUCAUCAUCAUUGGAGAUAAUUUCUUUGACGGAUUGCAAGUCAUAUUCGGCACCAUGCUGGUCUGGAGUGAGCUCAUCACCCCGCACGCAAUUCGAGUGCAGACCCCUCCUCGGCACAUCCCCGGCGUGGUGGAGGUCACACUGUCCUACAAGUCGAAGCAGUUCUGCAAAGGGACUCCAGGCCGAUUCAUCUACACAGCUCUGAACGAGCCCACCAUUGAUUAUGGCUUCCAGCGGUUGCAGAAGGUGAUCCCCAGACAUCCGGGUGACCCAGAACGAUUGCCAAAGGAAGUUAUACUAAAGAGGGCGGCUGACUUGGUGGAGGCGCUUUAUGGAAUGCCACAUAACAACCAGGAAAUAAUCCUGAAGCGAGCAGCUGACAUUGCAGAGGCCCUGUACAGUGUGCCUCGGAACCACAACCAACUCCCAGCUCUCAGUAACACAUCCGUCCAUGCAGGGAUGAUGGGGGUCAACUCUUUCAGUGGGCAGCUGGCAGUCAAUGUGUCCGAGUCCUCUCAAGCUGCCAAUCAAGGCUUUACUCGCAACACGAGCAGUGUGUCUCCUCAUGGAUAUGUGCCGAGCUCCACCCCACAGCAGACAAGCUAUAACUCUGUCACAACGAGUAUGAAUGGAUAUGGGAAUGCUGGGAUGUCCAACCUGGGCGGCUCUCCAGGUUUUCUCAAUGGAUCUGCUGCCAAUUCACCAUAUGCCAUAGUGCCGUCCAGUCCAACCAUGGCCUCCUCCACCAGCCUUCCUUCAAAUUGUAGCAGUACCUCUGGCAUAUUCUCUUUCUCGCCAGCCAAUAUGGUCUCUGCAGUGAAACAAAAAAGCGCCUUCGCUCCGGUGGUGAGGCCACAGACCUCCCCUCCUCCGACCUGCACCAGCGCCAACGCUAACAGUCUCCAAGACCAGUCUUUUGUGGACUCUAGCAACCAGGGUCUCUCCAAGGUCUGGCCUUCUCCUGAAUUAUCUAUAUCCGGCAUGAUAGUUCCUCCAAUGUAGAUAGAUCCCAUGCCUUGAAGACUGCAUCUAUAUGUUGACAAUUGCGAUGAAUUUUGUGCUCCGUGAGGAGAUGAGAUGCAAGUCCCACAGACGAAUGGAACUUUUAACUCAGGCCUUUCAGAGAGGGAUUGUGUAGAGUUAAACAAUCACAGUAACACUUUGUAAAACCUUCAACCUUGCCAAUUCUGAUGAAUUGAAUGCAUGGUGGCAAUUUACGUGUUAGGUCCCAUAUAUUUGAGUGGGAAAACUAAAAGAAAUUGUUUGUUCUAUGUUGACGAAUGUUCACUUUUUUCCAAAUGCUUAAACCCAAUUUAUUCAUUUUAACAAAAAAAAUGCCUUUUAGAGUCAGAAAGUUCUGGAAGGAACGCUGUAACAGAAUGUGAUACUUAAUUUAUAAAGAUUUGACUGAGAGAAAUUAAAAAGUAUUUGAAGGUGGAUGAACCGAGUAGCGAUAAUUAUUAAGUGGAAAAACGUAGAGAGUUUAGAAUGUGAUAGUUGGUUACAACCAGUAGAAUUGCCAGUGCGGUUUUUAACUGUAAAUGGAUUGAAAGAUGUUGAGUCUGGAUAUAACUGUGUCCAAAUUCAGCAUCAGCUGUUACAGUGCUAAUGCUGUUUCAUAGGAGAGUCCUCUUCUUGUGGGCUGGUUGAACUGUAGAUAGAAAAGAAAAACCCAAAACAGGACUUAGGAUUUUCACGCAGAGAACCUACAUGUUUUAAUGAUGAUGGUUGACAUUUUAGGAAUAAGUUGCCUUGUGGGACAGCCCAAAAGGCAAAGCCAAACCCUGGAGCUAUUUCAGGAGCAGUUCGAUGCUGUGAUAUAAGGGGCUGGAACUGUAGGUUCUUUCCGAAGGGAUGCACUGGCCCUGUUUAAAUGGCUUCAGUCACUCAUAUCUGUCCCUUAAGGGUGAGGGAAAGGGGGGAGGCAUGAAGGAACGGCAUCAGCUGGUAAUGUUGGAUUUUUCUUUACACUUUCUUCAUUGUGUUGCCAAUCCCAAUGCCAGCCAGCUUUUGCCGCACCUGACCCAUUGCCCGCGCUAUGGCUUCGGAAGGGUCCCAUUGUCUUGUUUCUUUCCUGAACAGAAAAAAAAUCAGGAAAAUAAGAUGCAACUAUAGAUAACACAACCAGCACUUCAUUAAAAGAAAGGGUUUGUAAAUUGUGAAGGACUUUGGAACAUGCAAUAUAGAUUUAGCUGCUGUAUUUGCAGGGGUUGAAAGGUAGACAGAAUCAAAAGUACCAGUGCUGUGUGGAGACAGAACAUGAAGGGGGAGUUUUUUUUUGAAAAUUGCUAUUUUAUUAGCAUUGUAUUGAGAAUGCUCUUAAUGUACUUUAUCAAGGAUCCAUCAGAGGUCUGAUGAUGCAUUAUCCAAUAAUUUUCCGCUAUAUUGUGUUUGUAUGUAGUUAUAAAUAUUGUAGAUUUUUUGUGAAUUUUUCUUUUGCCAAAGUUGUUGUUUAAAUAUUUAUACAUUUCAAUGUCUUAAAUACAAUUUCCAAUAUUAACAAGGAAUUUUAUUGCAUAAACGUAUUUUUUUUUGCGUCCCAUUUUUUGUUACUGCAAGGAGUUCACUACUAUUCAUUUCUUUCAUCUGCUUGCACAUCCUUGCAUAAUUAAAACAUGUAUUGGUUUAAAAAUGAGAUUUGUGUUUUUUUUUGUAAAAUAUGCUUAUAAAUAAUGUAUUUAUCUCUGGAAAUUUGUACAUUGCUUUGUUUGGAUUGUGUUUUUUUCCCUCUAUUUGUUUAUUCCCUGGGUUAAUUUUAAUGUGUACGUGCGCUAAGACAUGGGAGGUGUCAACAGACUAAGCCAUUUGCAAUUGUACCUGAGUAAGAACUUGUUAAAUGUGAUUUAAAAGUUUUUGUUCGCCUUUUAUAUAUAUAUAAAUAUAUCAUAUUGCAUUUCUUUUCAAUUGAGUCGAUAUUGUGCUAAGUAUUGGUUUGGAUCAUCCUUCUCUUUUUUUUAAAAAGGUCAUGUCAGAAAAAAGCCAUCGUCUAUUUUUAUAUUUUUUUUUGUAAGUCGAACUGAAUUGUCAAGUUUUUUUUAAAAAUGUUAUGUGGCAGAGAAAAGCAGCAUCUUAUUCAAUAGCAUUUACUUCUGUAGAUUUUAAGGUGGUAAAAUUUUGGUUUCUUUCAGCUUUUGAAAGAUAGCGCUGUUUUAAGUAUAGUAAUGUGCAUGGGGUAUCCUCUCCACUCUGGGCGAUGGCCACUUCCUUUCUGCAUUAAUACAGGGAAGAAAAAUAUCAUUUAAAAUAAAAGUUUCACCUGCUUGUAUUUCUCUCUCUCUCUCUCUUUGCGCGCUCUCUCUCUCUCUCUCUCUCUCGCUCCCUCUUUUUGACAUUAAUCAAAAUUCUAUAAACCAGCAGUUCGGAUGCCUUAACAAUACAAAGCUUAUUCAUUUCAGGUACCCGAACCUGAAUUUUCAAAAAUAAAAAUUAAGAAAGGGAAAUCGUACAGUUAAGUAUUGUUAAAAUGAGGAAUUUGUGUUUGUUUUCUAAAAAAAAAGCACAAUUUUAACUGUUUUGUUACCCUAAGAAAUGUACCUCUUUUGUUGCCAUAUGACCCCCACAGGGUAUGACAAGUGCUACAGUCAUGUCAAGCUCCCAGUCUAAUAUUUCAAAGGCUUUACAAGGACACCUGGAGUCUCACUUGCGAAGUGAGAAGCAAAACAAAAUGAAGAAAUUUGAGGAUUUUUCUUAGGGGAUGAAUGAGAACAAGCAAAAGCUGAUGCUUGGGAAAUGGUUAAAGCAAAAAGAGUUGCCGUUUUUGACCAAGUGAUAAACUGUCCUUGUCCAAACCUCUUUUCAGUCUCCUUGGCUGAACUAGUGCAUACAUGUUUGAUAUCAGCUAUUGUGUAAGCGCUGGUGAUGGACGAUAUGUAAAGGAGUCGACUAGAGACUUCAGACGUGAACACUGAAAUGGAAAGGAAAGCUUGGGUGAUGGAAAAUGUGAAGCAAUGCCUCCCAGUUGCCAAUGUCAGCCGUAGUCUCAUUUAAACUGAUUGCCUUCCAAUUCCUUUAUGUGAACUGUUGGACACACUGUACAGAUAAAUGGUUAGACAAACAAACUACUGUAGAGAUUGUUAUAAAUUUUUUGCAGAAAUUUGAGCUGUAAAAAACUUUUCAACUUACACAAUAUUUAAUUAAAGUUACUUCUUGUCUGUGAAACUGGA